UGCGAAUACCAGGUCUUUCUGCAGUUCACGCCAAUUAAGGGCUUGACCCACCAGGAGCUAGAGGAGGUUGAGCAGGAGCUGGAACACCCGACAGGUCGAAGCAUACCCAAGCCACCGGCUCUGCAAGCACAGGCCAUUUUGUUUUCGACGAACUGUAGUGUGGCUGUGUCUUCAACAGGCGCCCAUGUCGUUGGCACACGUGUCGAGCCGUAUCUGACCAAGGCUACCCACUACGCACUGGCAUCGUUUGUCGUUCUGCUGGCCCAAAUGGUGCUGACUAUCCGCCAGAUGGGGCACACUCCUACGCCGUCGAGCAUCUCACGGGUAUCGUACUACACGGUAGCCAUGAUGGCUGUAUUGGACAGCUAUUUGUGCAUGCUCCACCUGACCGGCGGUGCAUUCUACAAUGAGAUCUACAACGCCUUCUCUGGCGUGUCGUUCAUGUCGUUUGCCUUGCUAACAAUGUUCGACAUGCGGUAUCUGGCCAUGAUCUGGAAUGUGCAGCGGCCAGAGGCGGGCGAUGCCAAUACGCAGGAGGGGCGUAGAGAAAUGUGGCUCAUUUACUUCCGCUUCUAUGUGGUGCUGAUCAUUGGCCUCUUUGUCAUCUAUAUGUACACCGAGAGCAUCCGCCCGGUUGCCAGCGUCCUGUUGGCAGUGCUGCUGCUGUUGCUAUACUCGUACUGGAUCCCGCAGAUAUGGCGCAACAUCAAGCGUGGUACCAGCCGCGGCAUCCGCAAGGACUACGCCAUCGGCACCACAGUGCUGCGGCUCUUCUUCCCCGUGUACGCGUUCGCAUGCCCCGACAACAUUGCCUUUAUCGCGCCGACCAAGCUGGUGUGGGCUCUUGUCAUCUACAGCAUGUCGCAGCUCGGCUUUUUGCUGCUGCAGGAUUCGUUUGGCGCACGGUUCUUUGUGCCUGCGUACUUUUUGCCGCCGACAUAUAACUACCACCCAAUCAUUCCACCUGCGGACGAGGAG